GUACAAAUGGACAAAUAUCUUUACCACACAAUGCAAGUUUAACAGGCACCAAUUCCACUGAAAAAAUUCAAGAAUUGAAACACAAAUCAAAUAAUUCACCUGAAAUUGAAGAAUCGAAGCAACAAUUAAGUAAUUCACCUAAAAAAUCAGUGAAUCAAGAUGUUAAUUCGCUCACUAUUGAAGAAUCAGGACACCAGUCAGACAAUUUGUUCGAAUUUGAAGU